AUGACUUUCAAGAGACUGCGCCUGUUUGGAGGAGAUAGCCCAUUGAGGUAUCUGGAUGAGGAUGUGGUGGAGAGGACACGGGGAAGAGACUGCGAGACUAAUGGAUGGGUUCUGCGAGAGUGUGCUGCAAAGGCUGAUAAGAAAGAUAUUCUUUCAGCCAAUACGGAAAUUGCUAAUACUGCUCAAUCUUCAUUCGAAUGGAUUAGAAAUAUUCGUCUGAACAUUCCUACUUCCUUGUCACCACCUGCUGAAGGAUAUAUAAACAUCAAUUACUAUCCGUAUAUUAUUAAUGAAGCAAAUAAAUGCAAGAACUCCAGUCCUUUCUUAGUCCUGAUAAUUGCAACAGUUGCAGCAGAAGUUGAAAAUCGGGAAGCGAUAAGACACUCAUGGGGAAAUGAGUCUCUCAGGAGUGGCAUUCCUAUUGUGCGUUUAUUUAUGUUGGGCACAGACAACACAAUUGACCAGAAUGCAAUUUUACAGGAAAGUGAGAAACACCAUGAUAUCAUCCAGAAAAACUUCCAUGAUACAUAUAGAAAUUUGACCAUUAAAACCAUGAUGGGCAUAGACUGGGUAUCUGUCUACUGUUCAGGAGCAAAAUACGUAAUGAAGACAGACAGUGAUAUGUUUGUCAACACAGAACAUCUGCUGGACUUCUUAGUACCAAAUUUGCCUGCCAAGCAAAACUAUGUUACUGGUUUUUUGCUUCAGAAUCACCAGCCACACAGAAAUGAGAACAGUAAAUGGCAUAUGCCACGUUCCCUCUACCCAGACAAUGUCUACCCUGACUUUUGCUCAGGAACUGGCUACGUGUUUUCUGGGGAUGUUGCACCAAAAAUUUUAAGGGCUUCUUUUCUUGUGAAAUACGUUUAUCUUGAAGAUGUAUUUGUAGGAAUCUGUCUUGACAAGGAAAACAUACGAAUAACACCGCCUCUUGAUGGUUUUCUGUUUAAUAAUUAUAAAGUUCAAUUUAGUCCAUGUGCUUAUAAUAGUCUUAUCACCUCUCAUGAAAUAGGUCCUACUGAACUUAUUGCUUUCUGGAAACUUGUGCAGGAACACAAAGUGGCUUGUAAAAACAAUGGAUGAAUUGUUCAGAUAAUAAUGGCCU